UUGGACAGUGUAGAGCGGAAAGGGAAAGGAGGGGUGUGGAAAACCAGCCUGUGUGUAGAGAGGAGCAAUAGUGAGGACGUGCGUGUGCUGCUGCUGCUGUUGUUCUGGGCUGAGGAGAGACCACGCUGUUGCCAUGUUCCGCCUGGAAGGUCUUGGGCCCAAGGCUGACCCCGAAGAGAUGCGUGUGAAGAUGCGGCGCGAUGUCCUCACCUCUGUGCGCAACUUCCUCCUCUAUGUGGCCGUGCUGAGGAUCACUCCGUUUGUCUUGAAGAAGCUGGACAGUAUAUGAUGAAAACACAUUUGGAGGCUGUUUCCUAUAGUUAAGCCGUGGACUGAUUUGUCUCCUACACCAUGAACUGAGACAUAAACUGAUGGGUAUCCACAUGGUGUAAGGACACUGGUUGGAAUGUAAAAGUAAUUAAUAUUGACUGUAAUGAGUGACCAUCAGUUCAACGGUCAUUGCUGACAUAUUUUGUAUGUACUUCUGUUUUCUUAGAACGCUACCUUUAAAAUCCACUUUGAUUUGGAGUCAUGGUUUUAAUGUUUUUCCUAACUACUGUGGCAGAAAAACACUAGUAAAUAAAAUACAAAACAUAA